AUGCCCGCGUUGACGUCUAUCAGCAUGCAUAUGACCCGGUCGCCCUCCACCUUCGUCGUUGUCAUCCCCCCCUACGUUGACUGGCUGCCUCGCGCGGCUACUCCCGGCGGCCUCGCUUCCCUCGCCCUCGCUCCCUCCGCACUCUCCAGGGCGGCUGAUGCCUGGGCGCCCGUCGACACCCGUUGGGAUGGUGAUCGCCAGAUGGGCGGUUACCGCUGGUGGCGUAGCGAUUGGAAUGAGAAGGAUUCGUCUGACGCGUCUAUGUCGACGCAUAGCCACGGUACAAGGACUGAGGAGGAUUCGUCUGAUGUGUCUAUGCCGACGCAUAGCUACGGUACGAGGCUGGCUUCGAGGGCCGCCACUCGCGGUGAGCUCAGCAACGCAGACGCAGGUGUCAGGACCCGAAAGCGCGCUAACACUGGCGCCGAUAAACCCGAGGCGUCCAAACGUCCUCGCACGACAAAGGGACCUUCAGCAUCCUCUCGGGGAGGUAAAGCAAGCAGGGGACGAGGGCGGCCCGCGAACAAAGCGCCCACCAAGACGUGUGAUCGGUGUUACGGAAUGAGCAAGAAGUGCGAGGGCAUCCCGAAGAAGAAGGGGCCGACUCGGUUCCCGGCACAACAAGUCAACGCGUCGGCCAGUUCCUCCCGCCAGCAACACGCUGAGGACCGAGCUUCGCUUGGCGAGACACUAGGUCGAAGUCACCCGGACGACGACGAGAGCGCCGAUCGCGGGGUCGACGAGGCGUCUAACUCGUCCGCUGAUAGCGAGGGCGCCAUCGAUGGCGGGACGAGUGAGGGCGAUGAAGUGCAAUCUUCCGAUCCUACCGACCCCGCAACUUAA